AUGAAGCUCUUAUUAGCGUCUGAGGCUACCAUGAGAUCUGGUGAAGGUGAAGAAAGACCGAGAAGGAAGAAGAAAAAGAAGUCAGAAGGAAGGAAGUUUCCAUUGUCAGUUGGUCACCAGUCAAAGCACCCAUCGGAGUCAAUAGAAGAGAUUCGAAAGAGAAAGGAGGGUGCUAGGUCUCGCCUCCGAAAAUACCCUUUCACAGAGGGACAACGUUGUGUUGCCGGAAAUACCCUUUCCCCAUUACUUCACAGUGCACUGGAAGUGUUCGCCUGUAGAGUGUGGCCUGUGGUUGAAGAAGAAGAAGAAGAAGAAUAA